AAAGGACUUGAACCUGGGAUUUGUUCGUAGACAAAUGGUCUUCGUUUAAAAUGAACAUUGAGGAAUAUCGGUGGACAUAAUUGAGUUUAAUUGCGUACAAUCUAUCAAUGUCAGCGAUUAAAAGGAUAAUAUAUGCAAUCGAUUUGGAUUCUUGAGUGUAGCUUCGAUUAGUUCUUCUACCUUCUCAGUCAUGCAGUUAGAAUUACGAACAUUGAUGUUUGGAAUUGUAACCGUGCUGGUAUUAUUUCUGAUCAUUGCUGAUAUUGCUGAAGUCGAGAAAGAAAUUGCGAAUCUUGGAGGUUCCAGACAAUUGUACUUGCACAGCCUCAUUCCCAAGCCAAACAGAAAUGUAGCAGUGAAGGCCAAUCCUAAACCUUUAGUCAGUGAAGGGGAGGACAAGAGCCCUGCUUCUCCUUCAUACUCGAAUAAUACCAUCAAGCUCUCUACAGAUAACUGGAUGUUCAACAGGACCCUCUCCAAUCUCAUCAGGAAGAACAUCCUGAGGUUUUUCGACCCAGAGAGGGACAUCUCUAUUCUGAAGGGCACAUUGAAACCUGGAGAUGUCAUCCACUACAUCUUUGAUCGUCAGAGCACUACCAAUAUCUCAGAAAACCUAUACCAGUUGCUGCCCACUGCAUCCCCCAUGAAGAACCAGCACCACAGGCACUGUGCCAUCAUAGGGAACUCUGGGAUCCUACUCAACAGCAGCUGUGGGCCAGAGAUAGACUCCUAUGACUUUGUUAUCAGAUGUAACCUGGCGCCAGUGGAAGAGUAUGCUGGGGAUGUGGGCCGGCGCACCAACCUUGUGACCAUGAACCCAUCUGUGGUGCAGCGGGCCUUCCAGGACCUGGCCAGUGAGGAGUGGAGGGAGCGCUUCCUGCAGCGGCUCCAGAGCCUCAGCGGCAGCGUACUGUGGAUCCCAGCCUUCAUGGCCAAGGGAGGAGAGGAGAGGGUAGAGUGGGCCAUCCGUCUCAUCCUGCUGCACACGGUUGAUGUGCACACCGCCUUCCCCUCACUGCGCCUUCUCCAUGCUGUCAGAGGGUAUUGGCUGACCAACAACGUCCAGAUAAAGAGACCUACCACUGGUCUACUGAUGUACACCAUGGCCACUCGCUUCUGUGAGGAGAUCCACCUGUACGGUUUCUGGCCUUUCCCUCAGGAUUCACAGGGGAAACCAGUGAAGUACCAUUACUAUGACACUCUGACCUACGAGUACACGUCCCAUGCCAGUCCACACACUAUGCCACUGGAGUUCAGGACCCUGAGUUCACUCCACAGACAGGGGGCGCUGCGUCUCCACACUGGCUCUUGUGAUGUAGGAACAUAAUCUAAAAACACAGCAAGGAAUGUUCUGUAUGUCUCCAUCAAAAUGACCCUUACGCUUUUGGGAAAAUACCUCCUGCUCAGUUGAUGUCUGUCAGACACGGACAUCUCAGAGGAAAUACUUCCUGUAUUAAACUGUAGGACAUUU